GAAAAAGAUUGGAAGCGAUGGAAGGAUACCUCCGGUUCCGCGGCAAGUGCAAGGAGUGGCAGGCCGCGCAUGACAAGGUCGUUCGGCUCGUCACGGCCUUCCAGAGCCAGAUCGGCAAGACGAAGGAGGUCGAGGAGCCGCCGACGGUCGAGGACGACGGCAUGGAGCUGCUGGGCCUCCAUGGGUAUGGCGGCAACCGGUCCAUCGACGGGUACCUCGCGGAAGGGACGCUCGCCGCGCUCAAGGCGUACCCGCGCAACGUGCAGGAUCUCCUCCUCGACAUGUACGACAUCCUCGAGGAGACGCAGAAGCGCAUCAUGGCCAUGUCGACGUCGGACGCGGUCGAUACGGGGCCGUCCGGCAUGCAGGUCUCGGCGAUGCAGUACUUGCGCUUCAUCAAGAUCGAGCUCGACAUGUACGAGUCCGAGUACCAGCAGAUCGCCAUCACGAUGGCGUCGAUGGAGUUUGCGACAGCGACAGGCGCCAUGAACGCGUUCAUGACGUCGCUCUCGACGCAGCCCUUCAUCAACAUCGACACGAUCCUCGCCAUCACCGAGCAACACAACUUUUCGUACCAACUUCUCAAGGCCGAGCCCAAGGACGAAUGGGUCUAAGGCGCAGCCCUAUUUAUGAAGACGCCCCGUACUACCUGCAUCCUCAUCCUCCUACCCAU